AUGGCUGAUUUCGGUGACGGCGAUGAACGCUUGCCCAUCGUGACGACGGACCCGAAUGGCUUGGAGGCCCAGGCCAAGAAGGCAAUGGACCCCAAGCCCUUUGGCUAUGUCUUCGGUGGAGCCGGGGAGCUGUCUACGAUGGACGCCAACCGCCUGGCCUUCCGCCAGUGGAAGAUCGUGCCUCGCUUCCUGAGACCCAACAAUCCUCGGGACCUGAGAACUGAGCUGUUUGGAUUGACUUAUGAGACGCCUGUCCUGAUGGCCCCCAUCGGGGUACAGGGCAUCUUCCACGCGGACAAGGAAACGGGCCUGGCGGCGGCCUGCGCGGAGCUCAAGGUCCCGUACACGCUCAGCACGGCCGCGACAUCGACCAUCGAAGAGGUUGCUGAGGUCUGCGGCGACCACCACCGCUGGUUCCAGCUGUACUGGCCGAUGGACGACGAGAUCACGGCCUCGAUCCUCCGCCGCGCCAAGGCUAACGGCUACAAGGUCCUCGUCGUGACUCUCGACACCGUCACCCUGGCCUGGCGGCCCACCGACCUCGACAAUGCAUACCUGCCCCAGAUCGCCGGCACGGGCAACGCGGUCGCCUUCAGCGACCCUGUCUUCCGCAGGAAGUUCGCCGAGCAGAACGACGGCGACGUUGUCGAGGAAAACGUCAUCGGCGCCUCCCGACACUGGCUUAGCGAGGCCUUUCCAGGCGAGCACCAUGGGUGGAAGGACCUGGCCCUGCUGAAGAAGCAUUGGGACGGUCCCAUCGUUCUCAAGGGUGUGCUGAGCGCCGAAGACGCCAAGCUUGCUGUUGAGCACGGCAUGUCGGGCGUUAUCGUCAGCAACCACGGCGGCCGGCAGCUCGACGGCGGCGUGGCCUCGCUGGAGAUGCUCCCGGAGAUCGUCGAAGCCGUUGGAGACAAACUCACCGUCAUGUUCGACUCCGGGAUCCGGACGGGGGCUGACAUCGUCAAGGCGCUAGCCCUGGGGGCCAAGGCCGUUUUUGUUGGACGCCCCGCCAUCUACGGUCUGGGUAUUGCGGGCAAGGAGGGCGCAAAGGCUGUGAUUGCCGGGCUGCUCGCCGAUCUUGAUCUGACCAUGGGGUUAGCUGGGUUCAAGAAGAUCUCCGACCUGACGCCAUCCAUUCUGCGACUGGUUCGGUACGGCGGAGAUGUCAAGGCUAAUCUGUGA